AUGACGACGACAACAUCCAGUAAAAAAACAAAGCUGAUCGCCGAUGGUACUCCGCCCGAAAUCUCGCCGGCGGCUGAGCUAAUAGCCAACAACAUCGACCUCCUCACACAAAUCCUUCUCCAUAUCCCGGCCAAAUACCUAAUCCGAUUCAAGUCUGUGUCCAAACACUGGCUCUCUCUCAUCUCCGACUCCCGAUUCGCCUCCACCCACUCCCGCCUAAACCCGAACCCCUUGAUAUCAUCCUUGUUUUUCUACCAUAAGAAAAAGCUCGGAUCAGUUUCCCUCAACGGCAGCUCUACCUCUCCCUCUCUUUCCUUCCUACGUCGUAUUACAAGUGAUUUCACGGUUCUACACUCGUGCAACGGUUUGCUGUUUAUCAUGUACGAACAAAUUGUCAACAAUCCUGUCGAAGUGCAAUACGCGGUUUGUAACCCCACCACGAAGAAAUUCCACGUUGUAGGAAAAGCGAGUAGAGGUUCUUACCACUCAUGUUGGUUGGCUUUCGAUCCAUUGAAAUCGCCUCACUACAAAGUUGUGCUCUAUUGCUCCUCUUCGGUAAUGGAUAUCUAUUCGUCGGAGACUGCGUGUUGCAAGAGGAUAUUUCUACCAAACGGACAGAUGGACGUCGGACGUUAUGGGCCUUAUGGCAAUGGUGCAUUUUGGAAGGGAGGAAUCAAUUGGCAACGUGACCGCUAUAAUAUGUUGAGAUUUGACGUUGAGACAGAGAAGAUGAUGAAGAUUCCGUACACAAAAAGUAGUAGUAGAAUUCUCGCUCUACACAAGACUAGGUAUUUUGGAGAAUGCGGCCUUGGUGGCCGUUUGCUUCUGAUUCAGAGUCAUUCGCAUUCUAUGGCGAGAUGCAAAAUCUUCGAGAUGGACGAGGACUGCUACCAGUGGAAUGUCAAGUUUCUUGUCGAUCUUAAGACCUUGAUAUCCGAAUUCCCUGAGAUGGAAAGCAAAAGGGUGUAUAAGUUUACAGUGAUGUGUGCUGUCGAGGGAGAGAAGCAAAAUGACUUGGCACUCAUCUUGGCUAUUCCGGGUAAAAUUAUUUCAUAUAACCUGCAGAAAAAGACUUGGGAUGUACUUGGCGUUCGCGAUUUCAAAAAUGUGCCCCGUAAUGCCAGUGUUUUCCCGUUUGUUGAAAGCCUAACCCCUCUUUGA